UAGUGUUAACGGCCCAAAAAUGUGGGAAUGUUUGGCUCACUGUCUUUCAAAUAGCGUGGGAUGUACUAUAUCGUAUGAAACUGUCGACAAAGUGUGUAACGUGUACACCGGUUGUCAGAAUACUUGCAGCAUGGAACCAGCCACGGAAACUUAUAGCGUUUAUAAGAAGUAUUGCGGAAACCAGCAAACAGGUACGAUGUCUACAGCAAUGACUACACCAACGACGCCAACAACAACGAAAACGAUUACAUCACCAUCACCUACAUCACCAUCAUCUCAAUCAUCAACUCCAUCAUCACCAUCAUCAUCGCCAUCAUCAUCAUCAUCAUCGUCGUCGCCAUCAUCAUCAUCAUCAACUACACCAACAACAGCUUCGUCGGUAACACCAUCAACAUCAAAGACCACAUCGACAGCUUCGUUGACCACAACAAGUACACAUGCGCCAUUACCAAAGCUGUUUAUUGCACCGUGUAUUUGCUACUUUAAUAAAACAUUUGUUAAUAUGACGAAAGAAGAAAUUAUCACACUACUUGUAAACGAUAUUAAAAUUGACGAAAAAUCAACUUCACUUGAACGAUCAAAGUCAAAGUGUGCCUCUGACUUAAGAACGUCCUCAAAAGUGAUGGGAAGUGUAGCUGUAAUAGUCCUUUGUUCUUUAGGAAGUUUUGUGUUAUGUAUGGAUUUACUUACCUUAAAGAAAAGGUUAAGGCCAAAGAUAAAAGGCAAGCGUAUUAAUCCGUCUCGAAAAAAGAAAACAUAA